AUGGAUCUCAUAACGGUAUCAUGUUGGUGCGUAUUCAUACCUGUGUUGUCGAGUACGGUGCAAUCAGCACAUACUGUGUACAAAGUUGGGGUCCUGAUGGCCUCCCAUCUGGACUCCCCGUUCGACUUGGAGCGCUGCGGCCCAGCUGUGGACUUGGCCUUGGACAAGGUGAACGAAAAGUUCUUGGGGCAUCAUGGCAUUGAACUGCAAAAGGUGCAAGGCAGCUACCCGUCCUGCUCUGGUGCGAUAGCUCCAGGGCUGGCUGCGGACAUGCACUUCAAGGAGGACGUGAUCGCAUUCGUGGGGCCGGCCUGUGCCUUCGCCUUAGAACCGGUCGCCAGACUCGCGGCCUACUGGAACACGCCAAUCAUCACCGGCAUGGGCGACCAGCCUCCAUCGGAGGGCGAACUGGCGGCACCUGCAAGCAUGGUUAGCCGCAUGCAUAGAUUGAGGAAUUUACGGAAGGGAAUCAAGCCCACAACAUUGUUCAACGACAAGGGCAAGUACCCGACGCUGACAAGGAUGUCGUACUGCCAGUGCCGGCUGCCCACGGUGUUCACCAGCGUGUUCGAGCGGUUCGGGUGGGCGCACGUUGCGUUAUUGCUCGACAAGUCAGACCUGUUCUCUCUCACCGUGGGGAAAAGUUUGGAGUGGGGUCUACGCAAAAAAGGGAUACUGAAAGCAGUCAGGGAACUAGAUGGCAACGAGCGAGAGUCCUGUGAAACUUUGCUUCGUGACGUCAGCAUGUAUGCCCGAGUGGUGAUCCUGAGUGUGCGCGGUCCUCUGGUUCGUGAAUUCCUGCUGGCGGCGCACUCUCUCGGCAUGACGCGAGGAGACUGGGCCUUCCUCGAUGUGGAAAUAUUUCAAGGUGGGUACUGGGGUGAGACGGGCUGGGCGGCUGGCGAUGAGCGCGACGCCGCAGCCAGGGCGGCUUACGAGGCCCUACUGCGUGUGUCCCUCAAGCUGCCCACCGGAGACCGCUUCGACGACUUCGCGGACGCUGUCAAGGCUAGGGCCAAGCAACACUACAACUACACCUUCUCUGACGGCGAAGAGGUGAAUUUCUUCAUUGGUGCGUUCUACGACGGAGUGUACCUGCUGGGCAUGGCUCUUAACGAAACCCUCACUGAAGGCGGCGAUAUAAGAGACGGCAGGAAUAUCACCAGGCGCAUGUGGGGUCGGGACUUCCAUGGUAUAACAGGUCACGUACGAAUAGAUUCGCUGGGAGAUCGUGACGCCGACUACGCUAUACUUGAUUUGGACCCCGUAACUGGAAAAUUCGAGGUUGUGGCGUUCUACCACGGCUUGAACGGUAGCUACAAGCCUGUGGCUGGCAAGGCCAUCCAUUGGCCAGGCGGUCGCAGAGGACCCCCGCCUGACACCCCGAGGUGCGGCUUUCUUGGAAACGAUCCUAUGUGUCAAGGAGAGGCUCAAACAGUAAUAAUAUACUGUUUCAUUGGAUUAGCGAUAUUUCUAAGUUUCGCUGUGACAGCUGCGUGUGUCGCUUACAAACAGGCGCGUAUCGACGCGGAGCUCAACAACACGGCGUGGCGGGUGCGGCCUGAAGAAGUGCUCGUAGAAGUAGGGACUGGGCUGGGGGCAAGCCCAGCGUUGCACAGCAUCAACGAAGUCCUAAAGCUAUCCUUGGGUUGGAGCGCCCGUGGGAGCAACGGUGCGGCCUCCGGUGUGAACACGCCCUCCCUAAACCUCACCACCUUCACAGUCGGCCUGUACAAGGGGAACCGGGUAGCCGUCAAGAAGAUUCACAGGAAGAAACUCGAUAUCAACAAAAAACUGCUGUGGGAGAUCAAACAGGCACGGAACGUGUCUCACGAGAACACGGCGCGCUUCAUCGGCGCGUGCGUUGACUGCCCGCUCGUUUUCGUGCUUACCGAGUACUGUCCCAAGGGCUCCCUCAAGGAUGUCCUCGCCAACGAAGAGCUGCAGCUGGACUGGAACUUCCGCACCUCGCUGGUGCACGACAUUGUGCAGGGCAUGUGCUACUUACACGGCGGGCUGGGUGCCCACGGGAAACUUCGCUCCUCCAACUGCCUCAUCGAUGGACGCUUCGUAUUAAAAAUAUCCGACUACGGCCUCAACACCCUGUGCACGCCGACAGACUUGAUUAAGGACGACACAUACUAUUACAAACUGCUGUGGACAGCCCCGGAGCUGGUGACCGGCAGCGUGUACCCUGGAGCCAUGGCCUCGCUGAAGGGAGACGUGUACAGUUUCGGGAUCAUUCUAGAGGAGAUCGUGCUCAGGGCAGGCCCCUUCCACCAUUACACAUCGACUAUGUCCAACAAAGAGAUAGUGUCUCGCGUGUGUGCGCGUGAGUCGCCCCCGUUCCGUCCGUCUGUGUGCGUGAGCGAGGUGGGGGCCGCGGCUGGGGGCGGGGGUAGCGCGGCCGCAGAGCUACUGGAGCUGGCCGCGCGCUGCUGGGCCGAGGCUGCGGAUGACAGACCCACCUUCGAUACCAUCAACGUUAACUAUAUCAAGGGCUACUGUGACAAUUUGAUGGACGAUCUCUUACGGCGCAUGGAGCAGUAUGCCAACAACCUCGAAACCUUGGUAGAAGAGAAAACUGAGCAACUGUCGCUUGAAAAGAGACGCUCGGAGGAGCUUCUAUAUCAAGUUCUUCCCAGGCCAGUGGCGCAGCAGCUCAUGGCCGGUGAAAUGGUGCAGCCGGAGGGCUUCGAGUGCGUCACGGUAUACUUCAGCGACAUUGUCGGCUUCACCGAACUGUGCGCCGCUUCUACGCCCAUUCAGGUCGUAGACCUGCUCAACGACCUGUAUAGUACUUUCGACAGGAUCAUCGGCUUCUACGAUGUAUAUAAGGUGGAAACCAUUGGAGACGCUUACAUGGUGGUGUCAGGGUUGCCGGAGCGUAAUGGCGACCUGCACGCGCGAGAGAUUUGUUUAAUGGCACUCGCCGUUGUGGAAGCUGUACGCGGGUUCGUGGUCCGGCACAGGCCCACGCAUCGACUGGAGGUGCGAGUGGGCGUCCACUCGGGGCCGGUGUGUGCCGGAGUAGUUGGUGUCAAGAUGCCUCACUAUUGUCUGUUCGGGGACACAGUUAACACAGCCAGUCGCAUGGAGUCUACGGGACAACCACUUAGGAUUCACUUGAGCGAGAACACUCGCGCACUGCUAGAGCAAUGGGGCACAUUUGUGGUAGAAAGAAGAGGGGAAGUGGAGCUGAAAGGUCGCGGGAGGAUGUUGACUCAUUGGCUUCUUCACUGCUCGGAACCCGAAGCCAGAUUAGUACCACAGAGUCCACAGCCAGCCCCGCAGUACCCUAUUCUGUUCCCAUCGCUGCCGCAACCUCCUAUUGCCUUACAAGUACCGUAUUUAGUAGUAGAACCACCCACUUUAGCGGCGUGA